AUGUAUUUGUUUAACAUGGAUGAAGAGAGUCCUUCCUCCCUGACUGACAUUAGCAUGGCCUGGGUGUGUCGCAACGUGGAAGUGCUUUGUGUCGCACAAGAGGACGGGUCACUGCACUUCCGCCACUGCCCUGUGUUUCCUCAAGAGCUGGCCGAUCAGCUUCUGCACAAGAUGGCUGAUGAGGGGGUCCUCAAUGACAGAACUGUAGGCAUCUUCCAGAAUCCGGAGCACCUGCGUUUGCGCUGCGCUUACAUCCGGUCCUCGCAGCUCUCGGCCGAGGCCUUCAGACUUUCGCUCUGCCCUCACAAGCUCCAAGAGCUCAAGGCUUCACAUAUACACAGCGAUGUCACGAUCUCAGAUGUUCUCCACAGUCUCACGUCCAACGAGCUCUGCAGACAGGGCCUCCAGACGCUGCUGAUGGACGGCUUGCGUCUGUACGGGGAAGCAGGGGAGGAGUCGCUGCAGGCCUCCUUUAACAUGCUCCGUAGCGGCGAAAACUUCCUGACCAAGCAGCAAAGUGAGCCAGAGUUCUUGCCGAUAGUCAAAAGUCUGGUUAACUUGCAAAAAAAUACAUUUCACUGCCAUCCCAUUGAGUCAGAACUAACAGCAGAUUUUGCCAGGAGCUGCAAAUACGUACUAAUCUGUAAACACAUGCAGGUGGCUGGAGAGUCCAACUUAACCCAGCUGUGUGAGUGCUUGAGGAGAUACAGCGACCGUGAGAUUUUCAUACGGGAGGUUCUUACUCAUCUCUACAAUCACACCAGUGACAUGGAAGAACCUCAGCCACACAUCUUAAAGCUGGUUUUGGCUGGGAUGCGACACCACACAGAUUCUCUGCACGUUCAACUUGUGGCCUCUGCGUGUGUGUUUAACCUGACCGUACAGGAGCUGGUGCUGGGGAUGCCCUUACGCCUUCUGGGAGAUGUAGUUCAGCAGCUUCUUACAGCCAUGAAGAACUUCCCAAACCACGAGCAGUUGCAGAAGAAUUGCCUGCUUACUCUUUGCAGUGAUCAUAUCUUACAGGUCGUCCCAUUUGACAGAUACGAAGCUGCUAAGCUGAUAAUGAUGUUGCUGGGGAAUCAUGAAGAUCAGACGGUGCAGAGAAUGGCGGUGGCUGUAGUCUCCAUACUGGUGUCUAAGUUGAGCACAGAGGAGAUCUCAGAACUGGGUGCAGAGGCGUUUAUAAUGAAGCAGUUGCUGAGUAUCGUCCAGCAGAAGGCCUCUCUGGGUGUAGUGGACUCCACUCUGAAGUUUGCAUUGAGCGCUCUGUGGAACUUGACAGAUGAGACGCCCACCGCGUGUCGCCAUUUCAUUCAGUGCCAGGGAAUAGAGCUCUACAUGGAGCUGCUGGAGUCUUAUUAUUCGGAGUCCUCCGUCCAGCAGAAGCUCCUGGGCCUUUUGAAUAAUGUAGCAGAGGUGGAGGAGCUGCGGAUGGAGCUGAUGAGUGAGGAUCUGGUGGAGCACAUUGUUUCACUCCUGAUCAACCCAGUGGUGGAGGUGGAUGUCAUUUACUUUGCUGGAGGGAUCCUGGCUCAUCUCGUCUCAGUCAGGGGGCCGGUGUGGAGUCUGGAUGCUGAGCUACACAGCACAGUGCAGGAGAAACUGCACUCUUCUGUCCUGUCAUGGAGUUCUCCUGAGCAUGCAAUGGUUUCUUACCGAUCCCCUCAGUACUGUAAUAUGCUUCAGAGUGAAGGAGGAACAGACAUACUGAGGGUCCUGAGCUCCCAUCCAGACACACACAGUGACGUGAAGUGUCUGACAGAAAACAUCCUGAAGAUCCUGGAGCGAAAUCUUCAUCCUGCAAACUGUGAUGCAUUAUCAGUGUUAAAUAAAGCAGGAUAA